UGUUAAUGGUAAAGUAGACUUCAUUUUAGUAGGCAACUGUGUGGAGGCAGCCUCAACUAGCUGUUUACUGCUGUCUUAGUUCUACCCAGAACGUAUAUUCUGUUUACAGUCCCCUCUCAUGUGAUAAACCUCUCAUUUUGGAGGCUAUAGAUAAGGUGGGUAUGUGUGAAAUCAUAAGGAUAUUGUGUGUAGACCACAGUAGAACAGUGGGUAUAUGUCACAGAAGCAGGUGGGAGUGCUUGAGAAGUUGGCAUCCACAUAGCCAUUGGAUGAGCAGAAAAUGAAUGGAGUGAUUUGGAUUUGGCCAUAGAUAAAGACACAGUCAGUCGCAUGAUACUAGUAUAAUACUUUCAAUCCGGGUGUUUUAGCCUUUGUACAGUUUUAAACCCUUGGUGUACAUGCUACAGCCGGUUGGAGUAAUAUUUUUUGGGCAUAGCGGACAACUUGAGAGCUACAUCUAUGACAUCUUGUUGGGAUAGAGAUGGGCAAAAUUCCAAAAUGAAUUUGGGUUGCAAUGCUACGCCAUCUUUGAAAGUUUUAACUUCUCAACACCAAAUAGAUCAUAUGGUGAAGAAUAGUAACCAGGAGAACCUUGGUGGUGAUGAUACAGUUUCCAAUAACAGCUUAGAUCGAUUUGAGAAAUUUUCAAUAAGAAAAUAUGUGUUUUCAGUUCGAGCCAAGGAUAUUAAAAACAACUGGCCUUUCUCUCAGAAGUAUGUACAGACAUGCUUGGAAAAUGGUAGACGACCACUGUUACCACCUUUUGAAUCACGUAAUGACAUUUUGCAGGAAAAGUUCAAAAGUAAAGAACAUUUGGUUGCUGGAAAUGAUAUAAAGAAAUCUAAUAUGAUAUCAGAUUGUUCAAACAAAGAAAAAAUUGAAGAUUCUAGGGAUUACGAGAAUGGUAUGUAUAGAGAAGGUUGGUUAAAGAAACAGAAGAAUCAUCCAAGAAAGAAAAAGAUGGUUCCUAGGAAAGCAAGAAAUGGUCAAACUUUAAGAAGAAAUACCAAGGAAUCUAUUGUAGAAGGCCUAGUAAAUGUAGAUGAAGUCCAAGAAGCUAAAGGGGAUACGAUAGAAGAGAAAACAAUUCCAAGAGAAUAUAAUGAUAAAUGUCAAGAAACAGAAAAGAACUUGAUGGUCUUACCUGAGAGUGAUGCCAUGGCUUGUGUUGCCGAUACAGACCUGGCACGCUCUUUAGAAUUAGCAAUUGGAGAGCAUGGAACUAGGAAGAUUACCUGUGAAUCAAUAUACAAACAACAAAAGAAUGAAUUUGAAUCAUCUGACAAGCAUCUCAAUGCCAAGGGUAGAACUGAGGUUCGGAAGAAAAAGAGAAAGAAAAUGGUUGCAUCUGAACUCAAAACACUGGAAGAUAGUAAGAAGGAACAGGCUCCAGAGAAGAAUAAAGAUGGAGGUGAGAAGAAUGAUGUUUUUGGGAAUUCAAUAUCUCUACCAGAUGCUUUGGUACCAAAAGUAUGCCCUGUUUGCAGAACAUUUUCAUCAACAUCCAAUACAGCCUUGAAUGCCCAUAUAGACCGCUGUCUUUAUGUCGAAGCAAAUGCUAGAAAAGCUGGAACUAAGUCUGCAAAGCCUAAAGUGAGAACCAUUAAAAAGAGAUCAUUAGCUGACAUAUGUGCUGUGGCUCCUGUUUGCACAUUAGAGGAUUUGGAGCAGAAUACUGGUGAAGAAGAUCAGUUGGCCACAGAUGUAAAUCAAUUGCCUUUGGAUGGUCCAAUUUGGCGAGAGAAAACAAAAUGGAAGCGGCAUCGACAGAAGGUGCAAAAUGCCUAUGUAGAUUCAAAGGGAAAAAAGCUACGGGUUUUGUCGAAUUUGAAAGGAACCCUCGAGGCCGAGGAAUGUCAGCAGAAGAAGUUUCCCAAAAGAAGAAAAAAAGUGGCCUCCACCACUUUGGUUCAAUGUUCUGAGGGAGCAGCCAAUGUUCAGGAUUCAGUUUCUUCAAAAAAAUCAAAGAAAAAGGUUCACGCAGCAUCAUCUGCUAAGCAUGCUCAGAUUGAAGAAACUGUCAAAGAAAAGCCUACAAGUUCAUCAUUAGGAACUUCAUGUAAAGAGAAACCUUUUGUGUCUGGAAAUGCAAGAAUAGAAACAAAGAGGAAGCAGCAGAUGUGCUCGAAGCAAGUUGCUCAGGAGCAAGAAUCAUACAGUAAGAAUGACAAAGGCUCGACAGAUGUACAGGAAACCACAAGAAGUCCACUAGAAGAAGAGUUGCAUAAAUCACCUUCAAAAUUAGCACCCCCUUCAAUUUCUGAGGGCCAAAGCAUCCAAAUAACAGUACUAGGACAAACUAACAAUGAAACAUGGGCAGCAGAGAUGUCAGAAAGUGAUCGCUCUCCAUCGGUGGAGGCCUCAGAAAAUUCUGAUUGCAAAAGGAAAAGACAUACAUCAAGACUACACUCACAUAAUGAUAUGGUACAUAGUGUUUCAAGAAAUGAACUUGCCUCUACCUCACUUACUAUGGAAGAGGGAUCAAGGGCCAAUGCUCAAUCACAGUGUCAAGCCCCAACAAAACCUUCAGAAUUAUUUGAAGGAGUGAAUAAUCAGCCUUGUGAAGAAAUAACAGAAACACAAUCCCAUUCAAAUUCAUUUGUUGGCAUUUCUUGCCAAGAUUCACGGAUAACAUACACUUCCCACGGAGCAUCCGUGAUAGUAGAACCUGAAAAUAGGACGUCUGUUGUUGGUCAUGGUACAGUAGAUGUUUCCACUGAAACUCCAGCACAGAUAACGGGUGUUUCGUUCCAGGAUCCAUCUAACAAAGGCAAAAAUGAUCUAGCAUUAUGUGAAGAAAAUGAGGGGAAAUCCUCUCUGAUUUUUCAUGAGAACUCAAAUCCAAGCAAGGCUAUGCAGGAAACAGUUGCCCCACAAAAAUUUUUAGGAACGAAUUGUGUGGGCAUAAAUGAUGCAGCAAAGGAGAGAGAUCAGUCUAUGUCCCUACAAAAUCAGGCUUUGAAAGAGAAUGCAGCAGCUCAAAAUGAUAUAUCUUGCCUUAAUUCAGCAACGGAUGCUUCUGCAAUUCUCAGCCCUUCAGAUAGACAGUUUAUCUCAUUUGCCAGAGAUCCUGUAUUGUCUAAUUUAUUGAAUGCAACUACUAACAUCUGUGCAUCUUCAAGUAGCACAUAUUUGUACAAUGGGCUUACUGUUGAACAAUCAAAGUCACAUAGUACUCGAGUCACUUCAAUAUCAGAAAAUGUCAAUUCUAAUAACACAUGGAUGGCUGAAACUGAACGUUCAAAUCCAAGAAGUAUGCAAGAAAGGCCACAAGCAUCUGCUCAGAAGUUUACAAAUACUUCAUGUGGCGUCUUUGGUGAUGCUAUCUGUCCAUCUUCUUCCACUUUCUCCAAGGGUCUUCCACUGACCUUACAAGGAAAUCUGUUCCAAAAAGUACCCUUUCCAUCCAAAGAUUCUCAAUAUCUUAAUCAGCAGUCCUCUUUUGGGAACAUGAAGUUAACAUCGGUGACUGUACCCCAAGUUGUUUCGGCCUCCACUCUUGCCAAGCAAUUAGGCGAGGGAAAAACAGCAGAGGAGAUUUUGCAUGGGUGUUUCAUGAUUGAACAAACCUUAAGUGCUUGUAAUUCUAAAAGCAAUCAGGCAGGUCAAAAUUCAGUCCACAAUAUUUCUACCAAUCCAUCAGAGAAACAAGUUGGAUCAAAACAGAAUCUGAAUAACUCUCCGUUUGGGAUUUCAAAUGGAAGCUAUUUGGGGAAUCAGGUUGUGGAUGUAGCACCUUAUGCAUAUAGCAUUCAAAAGAGAGGCAGUUUAAAUGGUAGAAACUUUCCUUCGGCAUCUCUUGGUUCAUCUGGUGCAGCUUAUUCUUCAGGUUUAGUUAACAAUCAAGGCCUUGACAAUAUAAAUUGUUUCAGUGAACCUAGUAUGUUUGGAAAUCCUACUGUGCGUUUGAUGGGGAAGAAUUUGAUUGUGGCAAAUACGGAUGGAGGACAAUCCAAGCAACCUGACACAAAUCCAAAUAGUAUGGAAGAAUUCCGCAAUGCAAGCUACCUUAGGCUUCUAGGAUUCACAUCUGAAGAAAACCUUUUGCAAGAUGGGAAUAAUCAACUAGGACGUUCUAUGGAAAGUUCUAUUAACUUCGACCAGGAUAUGUUCCAUACCUUUGAAGGCGUAAGAAGUCAAGAAUCAAGAUUAUUAUGGAACAGAAAUGGAUGCAACCAGAAACCAACAUCUGCUGUAGGGAAUUUUUCUGAAUGGCUGCAAAAUAUUUCAGUUUCAACUUACCAAUCAUCUGUUGAGGCUACUUUAACAAGUGCAGGACCUGUUUGGUGUCAAUCAGGCCUUACAAACUCAAACAUGAAAUUUUCAUCACCACAUGUUUCAACAGCAUCAGUAGAAAAUAGAACAUCUAAUAGGUCUGCAGGUGUAAUCUCUCAAGCAAAAAGACAGUCUUCAUCUGCUGUUCAUUCGCAGUCAGAUCAUGCAGUGAUUGUUAUUGACGACUCUCCUGAUGUAGAUGCUGUUCCCAAUUUGUCAGGUCUUGAACCUACAUCUUUCAGUGGACGGCCUAACAAAUUUGAAGAGGGUAAUUCAGUGGGCGGGAUCUCAAAUUAUGAUUCUAUUUUCAGGUCUGGAAAAGCAUGGCCUCAGGUUUCUAGCAUACCAAGUCUUUAUUCAUCAUGUAAAGAAUCAACCGUAGCCCGCAGUUCAAAUCUUCAGAGGGCAAAGGAAGUGCAGGCAGAGUUGAGAAGACUAGGAAUUACCAAUCCUGGAAACUAUGGACAGCCUUCAUUUGCUGUACAUCCACAGUCUGAGCCAGAAGUCAUUAUAAUUGAUGAUACUCCUGAUGAAGAAGCUGUGUCAAAUUUGCCACUUCUUGAACCUACCUCUUUCAAUACACAGCCCAGACAAUUUCAAGAGGCAAAUUAUAAUUCCAUGUUUAGGUCAGGAAAUACAUGGGCUCCUAGUAUACCGACUCAUUUCUCAGCUUGUAAAGAAUCAACCCUAUCCUGUGGUUUGAAUCAUCAAAGGGCAAAGGAGGUACAGGCAGAAUUAAGAAGACUAGGGAUUACCAAUCCUGGAAUUGCACAGUCCUCUAGUUCAUUUUUAAAACCAAUGAGAGGGGGCUGGGCGAACGACCUGAAUAAUGUUUUGUAGGACCGUCUAUUCUGCUGGAUCACCCCUUGAAACAAUUUUUCUAUUAACAAUAUUAUAAAGGGUUCUGAUUCCAUUGCGAUUCAUAAGUUCUUAUACAUGGCUUGAGAAAUUUGUGUCAUGCUAGUUUGAAGGCUUGUUUGACAGGUAUAAUUGAUGGCAAAAGGCUACAUGGGCAAGGUUAUUCUCUCCACAAUCUAUGACUGGUGGUGCUUCUUUUAAUUCAGCUCCAUACCUCUCAUAAUUGUAAGAAACAAGUCAGAAACACAAGAUGAUGCUCAGGAAGCAGUUCAGAUUGUCUUAAAAUAAAGUGUUCCUCAGAUUUUCCACAUUGACUUAUUUUACAAGCGGUCAAUAUCCAUAAUCAGUACCUGUUGUAAUUGACAUUCAGAACAAUUAAGUUAAACAAACUUGGCUUGCAGGCCAUCGUGCUUCUUUUUUUAAAACUACUACGAAGGCUGAAAGCCUAUUUUUUGGAGAUGGGCAUCUGUAUUCGUAUAUUAAUUCUUUUUUGGCGAAGAAAAAGGAAACAUGGUAUCUUCUUUGUUGCAAAUAAGCAACACUAUGAGAAUUGCCAUUUUCUGUAUUUUUUAUGUUUGUUUAAAUCUAUCAACCUGGAGACUGGAAUUUCAGCUACAAA